CAUCACUUUUGCAUAAUACUUGUUCUUGGCACUACGUACUACUGCCUAGAUGCAGCGCAUUUAACGACUCAAGAUAUAAAAUGCCCUGCAGCCUCUCCUUUCCGUACGACCUCAGUAUCACAACCCAACACCGAGGGACAGUUGACAAAGGCAACUCCAACACCAAGCUCAAAAAUGGCUCCCUCGACCCCGUUCCCCAGCGAGUCCGCCGCCCUCUCCGAGGAUGAAAAAAUGCGCCGCAUCUUCCUAGAAACCCUCCCGGACUUCUUCACAGACUGCCCAGAAUCCAUUCUCCACUGCACAAAGCCCGCCAAAACAGAGGAAAUACGCACCAAAACCAACCCAUACAUCCCCAUCCCCAGCAGCGUCGCCGGCAAGCUCUCUACGAACGCUAUCCUGCACCCGCCCACCGUCGACACUCCCAACCCAGAAACCCAAUCCCUCAUCGACAUCCGCACCCUCCCCUUCUCCCAACGCUCCGCCCUUGCCACCGGCCGCACAAUCUCCAUCUGGGCCGACGACUCCACCUCCCGCCCCGUCAUGCCUGACAUGCGCCACGCCGCCAUAACCGCCAUGUCGCCCGUCGCCCACGAGCAGCGCCGCCGCGUCUUCAUCCUGCUCACGAACUGCUCGCGUCCCGCCAUCCUCGCCAUGUGCUACUUCACCCGGGACGUUGUCACCAAGGCGAAUCCGCCGACGGAGCCGCGCACGGGCCCGCACCUCUGCGGCGCGAUUGACGUGUAUCACGCAGGGUGUGCGAUGGGCAUGGAUGUGUAUCUGGGGCCGUUGAGGGCGCGGCUGUUGAGAGAGAUGGGGGAGAGGAAGGAGGAGGUUAAUGUGUGGUUUUUGGAGAAAGCGAGUCAGUUGGGGAAGGGUGACCCGGUUUUGCGGCGUGCGGUCGAGGUAGCGGCUGAGAUGGGGAAGGAGUUCUUGUGGAGGGAGGGGGUUGGGGAGUGGAUGGGGCGGCAUCCAAGGUUUUUUAGGAGGGUGGAGAAGAUGAGGUGGCGGGCGCGAGUGGCGAAGUUGCAUGAGGAUGCGGGAUAUGACGAAGAUCCCGCUAGGAUCGGUUGGACCUAGGAGUGUGUGUAGUUUCCACGAAAUUGUGCA